UUACCAUGGAUACAAGGGUACUGUUUACAGACCGAGACAGCCGUAAUUUCACAAAUUCUAAAGGGAAAAACUAAACUAAAGUACUCUAUGAACUCCAAAGUUGAUAUAGCUCGAUGACCAUAAAGACCACCAACUUAUCAUCGGAAAUGUCUGCUUCACGUACGAACGACUUGGAACCAAAGUUACACAUCAAAAUAGUGGGCUUGAUUAAAGAGCAAUCUUUUCACAUUGCCAAAAGCAUCAUCGAGGGACUAAAACAAAAGUUUCCUCGUGAGUUUGUGGAUCCAGAAAUUCUUGCAUUACUUGAAUUUGACUGGCAUGCAUUUCUGGACAACCAGAAGAAGGAAAUGCGUGGCGAAAUGUGGCAGUUCUCCAGUGGCGUCAUGUGCUUUGUGGAUGGCCAGUUCAUUGGGGACAACGAUGCUCUCGUCACCUGGGCCAAAGACCAGUGGGCUUUCACGUGCGACCAGCCGGAGGCUUCCUGCGUGGACGAAUACUACCUGAAACAUCUCCAAGCAACUCGGCACAGGUUUGUCUUCAUGGACAUUGAGAUUGGAGGAGAGCCAGUGGGAAGGUUGUUAUUUGAGCUCUUCUCGGACGUGUGUCCGAGGACGUCGUGGAACUUUGAGGCUCUCUGCACAGGAGAGCGGGGCCAGUCGACCGGCGGUUAUCCGCUCUGCUACAAGGGCUCCCUGUUCCAUCGGGUGGUGCCGAACGGCUGGGUGCAAGGAGGAGAUAUUACUCCAGAAAGAAGAGGAAAUGGAGGCGAGGCCAUCUAUGGCGCAACAUUUGACGAUGAGAGCUUCGCUCUUUCUCACGCCAAGCGAGGCACUCUGGGUAUGGCCAACAAGGGGCCACACAGCAACGGCUCCCAGUUCUAUAUCACCCUGCAACAAACGCGGUGGAUGGACUUGACCUAUGUUGCCUUUGGUCAAGUGGUUGAGGGUGUCGACGUCCUCAGGAGGAUAGAAGAGGCCCCCACCACCAAUCAAAGACCCAAGAAGGAAUGUACAGUUGCCAACUGUGGUGUAUUUAAACUAUAGCUCAUAUUUUAAAAAUUAAAGAAAAGAAAGAAAAAA